AUGCAUGCUCUCGCCUACUUCGCCAUUCUGCCUCUUGUUCUAGGCGCUGUGCUGCCAGCAGACAGCUACACCACAACCCCACGACCAGGAAAACUUGUUCCCGGUCGAUACACCGUGAAAUUCAAGGAAGGCACCCCCGUGUCUGUCCGUGACAAUCUUUUAAGUCAACUAGACAAUGCAAAUGAGCAUGUCGACUACAAUGAUAUCUUCGUGGGAUUCACCAAGGCUAUGAGCGAGACCGAGGUCGAUUUAGUCCGCAACGAUCCAAACGUUGAAUAUGUUGAACAAGAUCGUGACGUAUACGGAUUUGGUAUUGUUGAGCAACCCAAGGCGUCUUGGAACUUGGGCCGCAUUGCCAAUAGGAAGCGUGGCAUCGAUAAAUACGUGUAUGACGAGACGGCUGGCGAAGGCACCUGUGCAUAUGUUAUUGAUACUGGUGUUGACGAUACUCAUCCUGAUUUCGGGGGCCGUGCCAAACAGAUCAAGUCCUUUGUCCCAGGGGAAACUACCGACGGCCAUGGCCACGGAACGCACGUUGCAGGAAUUCUCGGCAGUACGACAUACGGCGUAGCCAAGCAGACCAGGAUCUUCGGAGUCAAGGUCCUCGAUAAUAACAAUCAGGGCUACGAGUCACGAAUCAUCCAGGGCAUUGAUUUUGUAGUCAAUGACCAGAAGAAGCGCCGCUGCCCCAAAGGCAUCGUGGUCAACCUGUCCACCGGAGCUGCGAAAUCAAACAUCUUCAAUGCCGCAGCCGCAGCUCUCGUCAAGACGGGCGUCUUCUUUGGCGCCGCGGCCGGCAACUUCAACGACGAUGCCAGCAACUACUCCCCGGGCUCAGACCCAAGCGUCUGCGUCGUCGGCGGCACGGACAAGGACGACAAGCCCUUCUUCAUCAAAGGACGAGGCGGCCAGCCAGACUUUGCUACCAACUUCGGCGCGCGAGUUGACAUCUUCGCCCCCGGCCAAGAUAUCGUGUCGACGCGCACCGGCGGCGGCGAGCUCACAAUGAGCGGCACUUCCCAAGCCUGCCCACACGUGGUCGGCAUCGCCGCAUAUCUCGCUUCGCUCGAGGGCAUCACCGGCACCAAGCCGCUGUGUGAUCGGAUCCGCAAGCUUUCCACCAAGAACGCCAUCAUCAACCAGCACCCCAAUACGCCGAACCGCCUGGCCUUCAAUGGUGCGACGCUGUCGUCGAAUCGAAAGCCGCUCUGCACCGAGAUCAAGCAGCUCGAAUUCGGGAUUGCCCUGUCCGACGACAUGUUUGCUGGAACAAAUGAUGAGAUUGGCGCCAUCUUGGAAGGUCCCGCAGGCAAAGCCGAGUUCAGCAUUGUGACGGAUGCCUCGCGUGGGUUCAACACGCGGGUCCCUGUUGAUAUGAAGGCGAGCUUUGGCUCGGAUACAAUCAAGAUUGACGGCAUUAAUUCCAUUAGUCUUACCGCCAAGGGCCCGUGGAUUUCUCUGCUGACCAACGACAAAUGGAAGGUCAAAGAUGUUACACUGCAUGCCAAAUGCGCUGAGCCAGGUCUCGAGGUUGCAGAUGAAAAGUACAUUUCGCUCAACGCCUGGUACCAACAUCCCGAUGCCUCGUGGCUUCCAUUCACCGGCCACAGCAAACAAAUUGUUGCCAAGUUGGGUGUUUCUCGCGCUGACUGGACCAUGAAGCCGCCCUGCGUCGAGGUCAAGGACAUCACGUACUGGUUCCAAUUGGGUGACAAGUGGCUCGGGGGAGCCGACGGCAUUUUGUCCUUUAAGCUCGGAGACGGUAAGAGGAUUACGGUUGGAGAGAACCUGGACGCUGGUUUCUUCAAAUCGGGUACCAUGGAUCUCAAGGAUAUUUAUGGCCGUGACACGAUGGAUCUCCGAGACAUUAAGAAGCUGCAAAUAUUUGACAAUGUAGGGUACAAAGGGAAAACAGACGAGUGGUUCCUCCAAGGCAUUGGAUUCGGGGCAACUUGUGCAGAAGGAGGGCAAAAGGUGAAAUUGAGCAAGUUUGGUAAUGAGGAUGAGUGGCUUGGCGACGAUCAUCACUAUGACGACCUUGUCUAUGCGAGAGACAUUAUCCCAUCUGACUGGGUAAAGGCCGUUUGA